AUGUUGGGACAAGGCCAAAACUUAUUGAAUGGGGUUUACUCGAGAAAAUAUGAAAGGCACAGUAUGGAAAUAAGUAAGAACAAAGGAGUUAGGAGAAAGCAAAAUAAUAAGAAAGGAGAUUUUCAGGUGCAGAACAUGAAUCAUAAAAAAUCAGAGUUUUCAAAAGGAAAUGUGGACCAUUUAAUUAAACAUAGCAAUACGGUAGGAAACUCACCAGACAGGUAUUUAGCAAAGGAAAGAAAGAGUCAGGCGUCAUGUUCAACCUCAGAUCCGACUUCUCCUUCAGCUUAUAGAAGUGGUAACGAUAAUGAUUUUGAGCAAUAUGAAGUAUGCGACAUAAUUGAAUUAACAUCUAAUAUGAUUUUAUCGAAUGAAGGCCGUUUUGAAACUUUAAGUGAGUACGAGUCAGUCCCCAAAUUCUCACCAAGUGUAAUAACGGGGUUACCAAAUACAACAAUAAUUAGUACCUCAAGCUCAAACACAACUAUAUCGGACCCAGAGAAAGGUAUUGGUUCUAAAUCUUUUUUAACGGAAGGCAAGUUUAGGCGUGAAGGCUUGAUUCCAGCAUGCAAAGGAUCAAUACACUCAGACUAUAUUAUUGAUUCUGGGAGAAUAGGGAAAGGAACAUAUGGCUCGGUCAAAAGUGGUACUAACCGGCUGACAGGAUGUAUUAGAGCAAUUAAGACUAUUCCACUGACUAGAGUUGAGGCUUUGGAAAACUUUAUGAAGGAAAUUAACAUUUUAAAGAACUUAGACCACCCAAAUAUAGUGAAGCUCUAUGAGACCUACCAAGAUAAGAAAAAUAUAUAUUUGGUAAUGGAGCUAUGCAGUGGAGGAGAACUUUUUGAUCGAAUUAUUAGCCAGGGAAGCUUUGAUGAAAUUUAUGCAGCCAACCUAAUGAAACAAGUUUUAUCCACAAUUUGCUACUGCCAUGACCACGGCAUUGUUCACCGUGAUUUGAAACCAGAGAAUUUUCUCUUUUUGAAUAAGAAUUACAAUGCUCCAUUAAAGAUUAUAGAUUUUGGAUUGGCAGCCAGAGUUAACAAUGAAGAUACAUCUCUAAAUACUCGAGCAGGAACCCCGUAUUAUGUUGCUCCCGAAGUAUUGCAAGGAAAAUACGAUAAACAAUGCGAUAUGUGGAGUUUAGGAGUAAUUUUAUAUAUUCUGCUCUGUGGAUAUCCCCCUUUUCAUGGUAGUAAUGAUAGCGUAAUCCUUCAUAAAGUACAAAAAGGAGUAUAUGCUUUUAAAGAGGAGGACUGGAAACAUGUUUCGUUUCUUGCAAUUGAUCUGAUCAGAAGAUUAUUAACUUACAAUCCAGCAGAUAGAAUUACAGCUAGAGAUGCAUUGAACCAUCCUUGGAUUACUAGAUUCACUGAUGAUAUUCUUUUCUUAUCUCCUAGAAACAGUAUGUAUUAUAAUGAUGGAUUCAUGAAGACUGGUUUGAUAUUUAAUGACCAUGUUGGUUCUGGUAAUAAUCAUUUUAAGACUCUAGAAUGCCAACAAAGACCUAGAAAUGGUAAUUUAGUGAAUUCAAGAAGAGGUGGCUAUAUAAAAGGAGGACUUAGGUACUGUAGGUCCAAAAAAAGAUCUAUUUCAUCUUCUUCUGGAUUAAAUUUGCUAUCCAAUUUUAGAGCAUUCCAUAAAUAUAAUCGUUUUAUGAAGGUUGCUUUGACUGUUAUAGCUCAACAAAUGACAGAGAGCCAAAUCAGCAAUUUAAAAGAAGCAUUUAUUCUUUUGGAUGCUAAUUGUGAUGGAACCCUUACCCCCCAGGAAGUCAUUACAGGAUUGAAGAAUAGUGGGAUUACUGAGCUUCCUUCGGACUUACUUGCAAUUUUAAAUGAUAUAGAUAGUGAUGGAAGUGGUUCAAUUGAUUAUACAGAAUUUAUUGCAGCUACUUUGGAUAGUAAACAGUAUUCAAAGGAGCAUGUAUGUUGGGCGGCUUUUAAAGUAUUUGACCAAGAUGGAAAUGGAAAGAUUACAGCAAAUGAAUUACUUAAUGUGUUUUCAUAUAAUUCAGAACAAGGAUCUACAGGAAUUAAUGAUAAGGCUCUUUCUGAUGUGAAGAAUAUGAUUAAAGAGGUCGAUGUAAAUGGAGAUGGUGAAAUAGAUUUUCAGGAAUUUUUGGGAAUGUUUAGAAGAUCUACUUCUUAA